GUGCGGCAGUUUGAGAUUUCGUGUGCGAUGGACGCCGAACAGAUCGAAGCCAUGGAAGCCAGCAUCCAAGAGAAGCUCCGCGCGAUGGAGGCCAUGGAGGGCCUGCCCAAGGAGGUCGAGGCCGAGAUGGAGCCCAUCGAAGAGAGCUCGACCGAAGAGGCCAAGUCGGUCGCGUCGUCGUCGGGCGACCACCAUCCUCCCAAGCCCUCGUCGCUCACCGACGACUACGAAGACCACUCGUCGUCGCCGAUGCACCACGCGUCGUAUGCGAUGAGCCAGCCCGAGAUCCCGCGCCCGCCACGCAAGGCCAAGUACGCGUACGUCCGCCCACGCUACUUGGACGUCGAGCGGUCGCCGCUCUUCAUCCGGCUCCGCGAAGAGCAGGUGCUUCGGCGGCGCGAGCUCGAGCAGUUCAACAAUCUGCGUGCGCAGCAGCGCAAGGAGGCGUGGGAGAUGCUGCUGCGGCAAAAGCAGGAGGCCGAGGCCAAGGAGCGGCAAGUGAUCCAGGACCGCAACAUGGACGCGCACAGCUUUCGCCAGAUGAUGAAGACGCCGUCGAGCUUCACCAAGGAAGAAGACACGCGACAUUCGAUGCCGGCGCGCAUGUCGCUCUCGAGCGUCCGCUCGUUCCGCCCCAACUCGGCCAAGAUGGCCCCCGCCGUGUGAUUCCGCCUCCUAUGUCAAUGUCUGUGAAUAUAUGAUGAUCCUACUAC